AUGAAAAAGGCGGGGGCAGACUUGAAAGACAAACUCGCCUCUGCCAAGCAAAGGGUCAAGGAACUGGAAAACGAGGCUCUGGGUCUCAAAGGAUCGCUCGCAACAACCCAAGCUAGCCUCGAAAAAUUGGAGGGUUAUGCUACUAGAUACAGUGACAUAACUGAAGAUUCAGCAAUUGAGAGCAUGCUCAAGUUUUGGGACUAUGCUAAAACCGAAAUAUUUGCCAUGUUGGAAACCGACCUUUCUAAUGACACUCUUAGGGUUCUCGCCAACCAGGCAUCUAUCGAUAGCGAGAAAGAGUCAUUCUGUCGAUCCAUUCUCCUGUCGCUAGAUCCAACAACCCAAGACAGGAUAUGCAGGGUGGGUAUUCAAACUGUGGUGAAGAAUGUGUUAGAAUAUCUGGAUGAGUUACUCCCAGAAGACCGACGCCUCGCUUUCCAUAAAACUCUGGAAGAGGUUGUGCAGGAGGCAGCGAAGAUCUGGAAACCGAUUCAGGGCAGCAAACGCAGAUACGAGCCAGACUUUGACCCGCCGACUGCUGAUGAUGAUUGCGAAGCCUUUACGUUUCCCGUUACCGAUAACACUAACACAGAGAAAGGCGCUAAGCCAAAGCACACCAAAAAGAUUGCUUUGACUGUGUUCCCCCGAUUGUCCAUCAUAGAAAAUAACAUGAGCACCGCAUACACUACUAUUACACAACUAAGCAAUUCACAAUACGAGUGGAUGGCUGCGGAAAGUGAGAUGGACAAAGAACCCGCUAGUCCUACUAUUGGACGGAUCCCCUGGCGAAGGAAAUCGAAUAAUCCAAAGAGUUUAUCUCUUCCCAAUGGCGGCUCAAAGAAGACAUAA